ACGAAAAUCCUGGUAACCAUACAUGAACAUUUUUUUUUGCACAACAUAAACAGGAUUAUUUGUUACCAUGUUCUUGGCAAAUUUAAAUUUUAAACCCAAUGAUUUCUUAUAUAGAAUACUAGCUUACAUCAAGACUUCUGAUGUGAAACAUAAUUACUACUGCAUAACAGCGGUAUUGAAUGUCCAAGAUGAUUAGUUACAGAAUAAACCACAAGUAACGUCCACAUCACAGCGGGCCUACUUAACCAUUGGAUUUUGAGGAAUAAUUGCCAAAUUACUCAAAUGGCUGAGUGGAAGUACUUGAAAGACAAUAAAACUUGACUAUUGUCUAUCUGUUGGAUUGCCUGAAGACUUAUUAGCAAAUUAUACUUCAAUGUUAAACAAAACAAAUAACCUCCACAAAGGAUUAUCUUGAUUGAAUCUAACAUUUUAGUUCAAAUAACUUUUUGUGCAUGUCAUAAUUUAAAGAAAAUGGGAAAUUCCAGUUCAAGUAAAAACUGUGCUGUUUCUACCACCAUGGGCAUGCCUCAAAGAGAAAGGGACUUGCACAUAGCUGUUGUCAACAAUGACAGGAACAAUGUGGUAUAUGUUCUUAACCAAGGUGUUGAUAUAAAUUAUCCAUGGAAUAACCCAGCUGUGCCUAGUGUUAAGGAUAGUACCACUCCUCUCAUAGCUGCAGUUUCUCUUAAUCAUGUGGAAAUAGUUGAGAUUCUAUUACACAAUGGUGCAUCUGUCAAUAGAACUGAUCGCAAUGGUUGUACACCACUGUACAAAGCGGCAUUUCAUGGAAGAAUGAAUUUGGUUGAUGUUUUAGUCAAGGCUGGUGCUGAAAUAGACAAGCCUGAUAAAGAAAACCAAACUCCUUUGUACAUUUGUGUUCAAAAUGCAAUAGUGCAUUCCAGUUAUGAUACAGUUAAUCGACUUUUAGAAGCUGGAGCAUCAGUUAAUAUAGCUGAUCGUUAUGGUCGUGUACCACUUCACAGUGCUGCUCACUGGAAACUGAAAGAGUUGAUCCGGAUCUUACUGGAAGCCAAUAGUUUAGUCAAUGUUGUAGACUAUAAAGGGAGAACACCUUUGUAUGUCUGUGUAGCAUCAUUAAGUACUGGUAUUUACAAGGAAGACCUUAAAUAUCAAGUACCUUGUAUAAAGAUCUUACAUGCUGCUGGUUGUGAUAUGCUAAAUAUGGAGGACUGGUUACGCUGGAAAGGCCCAGGUAUACCUGCUGAACUAUUGACUGGAGAUGAUAACUUUCUCUCCUGGUACAACUUGGCAAUGACCUCCCCACCCACACUGAGGAACUUGUGUAGAAAAGUUGUUCAGAAGAGACUGGUGACAUAUGAUUGUCCAGGAUUGGUGAAAUGUGUCGCUCAGCUUCCUGUUCCCCCGUCCCUUAAAGUUUAUUUAUCUCGUAAAAUGUUCCACCUACCCAUGUUGUAGGGGACAUCCAAUGCAACAUCUUCCCCUGAACUUCAAAGUUGAAAAGCCAAAUAGAAAUGUUUCAUAUCUGGUGUUGCUGUAUAAUAUUGUCACUUAAGUUCAUUGAAUUGAGCCUUUAUAAAAGAUCAUUUAUUUAUGUCUUGCAAGAAUUAAUAAUUAUACAUUGUGUGGAAUAAAGCAGAGAAUCUUUUCUAUAUAAUGACAAAGAAAUCAUUAAAAUGGAUAUUUCUUUUAUAUUAUUUUAACAUUUCCUCUCUAAUGGAUUUUCUGUUUUGAAGACAUGUAUGCGGCUAUCUUUAUUUGUCUUUCUUGACUUUAUAAUUAAGUAAUUCCAAGUUUCUUACAAUGUUUUGCUUUACUUAGUUAAUUCAAAUCGUGAUGUGACCUAUAUCUCUAGACGAAGAAAUUUUUAAUCUAUUUAAUGUAGUAUGUAGAUUAAUUGGACUAGCUUGGUGCUAAAAUUUCUUUUAAGCAGAAUUAAAUAAAAUGUAAAUAUAGAAGUGAAAACAUUAAGGAUGAGACAUCUAAGACAAAAAAAAGUUAUCUAGUAAUAAAAAAAAAACAGGUUGAUAUUUGAAAAGAAAAAAAAGUGUUAUGUAAUUUUGUUUUUGUUCUCUUGUAAUGUUUAUUAAUUGUAUUCAUCAUUUUAGUUCUAAAUAUAGAUUUGUGAAAAUUUUCUGUUCAUUUUAAACACCCAUAAAUCUUUGCAAUAUUUUUUUUAAAAAUCUGAAAAAUAUGUGUGGGUCAAUGUUGACGUACAAUAGCAAAAGUGCAUCAGGAUUUUCAACUUUGAAGUUGAGAUAAUAACAUGCGACUUGUGUUGUGAAUUCUUUAAAGUUAUUUGUUGAGCAUUAUAAUUAUUCUUUAGGAUUUUAAAAUAUAUAUAUAUAAAAGGUGCAUUUAAUGAUGAGCAUAAUUGAAUGUUUUGUUGACAUUGACCAUGUAACAAAUGAGAUUAUGCUAUAUUUGUUUUUGUACAUACUUUUUCUUAUGUAACUAAUUAUAGCAUUAUAUGAAUCUCUGUAAUUUCUCUUACACUUUUUUGUCUUAAAUCUAUUUUUUUAUUUAUUUUGUAGACAAGGUUCUGAGUUUAUUUCAAUAUUUUAAUUGUUUUGGUAAAAUUGAAGAAAUGUUGAUUUAUUGGCUGUGAUUAAAAAGUAUUUUAAAUAUAUUCUCUUUGAUUUAAGUAACUAAAUAAAAGAAUACUAGGAAAUAGAGAUGGGAGAAGACUGAUGUGCAAUAUAAUUUUAUGAAUAUACAAAUAAAUUUGUUAUGCAAAUAAUGAGCAUUGUGUUGCAAAUGGCAUUAAGUAGCAAAAUAUUUUUAGUACAAAAAAAAUUUGCAUAGAUAACAGUAUAAUUGAUUGAUGGGCUACAGAAAAAUUGAUACUCUGUUAACUGCAUUUGUUUUAUUUUGUUUUUGAAUUUUGUUAAGGUUGUCAUGGGUGUCAAAGGUUUAAUUAGCAGGGUUGUUGGUGCUUUGGCAGCUGCAUGUUUAAAGCUCUUGAUUGCUAUCAGUCUCACCAAAACUGAAAUGUCAAGGAAUAUCUGAGAUCAGCAUACAAUAUCACACUCAUUCAGGGUGCAAGAAUUUACCCUACUGGAAUCGGUUAUCACCAUUAAUCUCAAAGUGGAUGUAGCAAUAAUAAUUGAAAAGUCCUCAGCAACCAUGACAAAUCAAAUUUUGGGAGAAUGUCUUAUUGACCAUGGCAUUCAAAAUGAUAGUACAUGUAGUGAUUUGUUUUAUGACAGUUAAGAGUUGUCUAAACAAAGUAUAAAUCAAAUGUACAGAUUAUGUAGAUUUCAUAAGCAAUGUGUCAUGUAUUUCUCCUGGAAAUAUUGUGUUUAACCAGGAACCUUGGAACUGACCAGUACACACAGUAUCUAUGCAUGAUUGACACAAAAAAGACUGCAUUUACUAGGGCAUGUCAAUCCAAAAGCCAAAGUGCAAUAGAACUUAAUGGCAGUAGGAGGAACAAAUCUCUCCAUCAGCCCUAUGGCAGAAUCAUUCCAAUACACUAACAGAAUUGGCCUGUUUUGCCAUAGCAGAUUCUGCCAGGACUCAACAGAGAAGCAAUCAAUACCAAUGAUACAUUUAGGCACAUCCAUUGUCUCUUAGAGCUUUGAUUCAUGAGUUUUUAAUUAGCCUUGAUGUUGAAAAGUAAAAGACAUAAUAUAACCUUCUGAUUCAAUAGAAUUUCAUGAAAUAAUCUUUUUUAAAAUUGUUUGAAAAUAGAUUGCAUAUCACUUUUCAACAAUACAUCUGUGAAGUACCCAUAAUCUUUUCUUAUAUCAAUCCAUAAUAAAACAGAAUUAACCAACUUUUUCUGAUGUAUUGCUGCAAUUCAUUGCAGGCUAUAUAAAGUAGAAUUUCCCUUUCAGACCUUGUGAACUAUAGGGCAGAUGAUGUAAAGGUCUUUUGGCCCAACUAAUACCUAUUAGAGCUGGGUGGAUUCUAGAGGUGCCCAAAGAUACUGGAAUUAAAAAUCUGUCUUCACUAGGAUUCCAAGAAUGCCAAUUCAGAAGCCAGGCGCUUUACCACUGCCUCUGCAGUAUAUAUGCUCACUAUAAAUUUGACAUCCUCGCCUAGAACAGAAACCUUUUUUAUUUUGUAAAAUGGUUACAUGAAAUUUGACAUUAGCGUAGUGUACUCUUAUAUGUGAUACUUGUAAAAAAAAAAAUUUUACUAUUUAUUGAACCUCAUGCAUGAUCACUAAUGGCUGUGCAGUGUAAACUUUUAAUUAUAAUGCUGAUGUACUUUUGAAAUAAUUUGAAAGAAGACUAAUGUUAUGAAGGAUGUGAAAGUAAGAUGUCUUUUUACUUUGGACUGGCUUUGUAUUACAUUUCAUCACACAGGCUAUUAAAUUUUACUUCUAAAACCAUUUUAAUAGUUUAAUCAUUUUGUUUAAUCCAGAAUUAUUAGUUUACCUUUAUCUUCCACAAGAAUAUUAUGCAUCCCUUUUCCUUAUCUAUAAUUUCCUUUUUUAUAAAAAAAAAAUUUACACUAUGCUCCAUGUACAUACCAUUUAAAAAGUCUAAGCAGUCAUGCAUACACAGAUACAUAUCUUCUAAUUAAUGUAGACUGAAUGAGGAAUGUGAAAUUGUGUCUAUAUGGGUUUUAACAUUACUUUGAUGGUAGAUAAUGGUCUCAACGAUCUACUAACACCUUUUGCAUUAUGCUGUAAACUUCUGCACUAUUCUCUGAAUCACAUAUAUUGCAAAGGAAGACUUCCUCUAUCUCAACUUGAACACUUUUUAGGAGGAAGAAAAAAACAAGGUGACUGUGCCCCCAAUUUUGUAGUUCUAGUUUACCACAAAGCUGUGCUUUGUUAUGAAUUUGUAGCUUAAUUUGUUUCAUUAAAGACUAACUCACAAUAUAAUUAUAAACUUGUCCUUUUUUUUUUGUGUGUCUUACAAGUAAUAUUUACAGUACUGGUUUGUGUUUGUACUAGAAUUAUGACUUAUUUGAAAAAUUCAUUCCAGGGACACUUCAAAACAAUCAUUACACAAUGAGUGAGAAAACUAUCUCAUAUUUAUUGAGUCUAGACAUUUAAUAAUGAACAGAAAUAACAUGAACAAGACCAUGUUAAUUUCAGCAACAUGUCUAUAUGUGUAAGCACUUUCCUGAUAAAUGAAAAUAACAAAAAAAGUUAAUAUACCAUGAUUGUUCAAGUUAGUGUGUAUGCAUGACAAACCCAAGCAUAUGGUCACAUUUUUCUUUCCAUUAUUGUUCAAUAUCGGAAAAAAAAUAUUUUUGAAAAAUUGAUCAUAUUUACAGUGCUUAUUCCCAGUGGUUUUAUCAGGCAGCAUCACUGGAUAAAUGUAUUCAUGUUCGAAUAGAUGAUCACAAGUGAUAAAACUAAGAAUGAAAUUGAGUGGGCUAUCAUAAAUACAACAAAUUUCUGAAGAUCUGAGGACCCCAAUAGUAGCAUAAAAUACAAGUUGUAGUCUUAAUUCUGCAUGUAUCACCUGCUGAAACCUAUAAAAGUUUCCUUUAAUUACUGCCAUCUACUGAUGUGAAUGUUCUACACUAAUAAUGCAUCAAAGUCAAGAUACACAGUGAAAUAUGAACAUCAAUCAACUUGAGCUAUUAAUAUGUAUACACUAACUCAACACCUCAGAAUUAUAUGUGUUAUUUCAUUAGGCUUGAGUUAUUAAAUGGUCCAAAAUUCUGAUCAUUUUGUUUUAACAUUUGAAACUAAUGGUGAUAUAUCUAUAUAGAUUCCAUUGUCAUACAACCAUUUUUUAAAUAUAUAAAUGAUCCAUUAAUUUUUCGACAAAAUUUCUGACGCAGAAUUUCAUAAUAAACAACAAAUGAUUACAUAGUGUUGAAACAAACUAAGCCUUACUAAGAACACCUGAUUACAGCAAUAGUUUAUUCUUUGAUUACAGACUCUAUUCCAAUCAUACCAUUUAAAUAGAACAAUAAAUGCAUACUCACUUACCCUACAUUGUAUUGUUACACAACUCACACACACCAAGGUCUUAAGAUGAUAAUAAAUAUAAAAUAAAAGCAGUCUUCUUAUGAUUUACUGCAUUGAAUGAAAAAAAAAAAGGUACUGAUGGCAUUUCUAAGAGAAACAAAAGGCUGUUUCUAAAACUCUUAACUUAUGCAAAGGAAAAAAAAUCAUCUAAAAAAAAAAAAAAAGACAA